UCGACCUGGUCAAGGGUGUACAGUACUUCAAUCAUUCUACUUCGUGAACUCAUACAGUCAACAUCAAAAAUAAAACAAAAACCUUUCCCUUCUGAAAAUCAAAAAAAAAAAAAACAAAAGUGAAAAUUUGUUGACUUUUCAAUUGAUCCUGCAAUCCGAAAAAGCCAUUGAAGCAUAUGAAUGCUCAAUAUUCAGCCGGGAACAUUGGAGAUAUCUGCUUCUGAUGUUACGUUGGCCGAUUCAGAUCUCAUAGCAGAAGUUGCUGCGUUGGAAGGGAAUAAAAGUGUGAGGCCGAUUAUGUCGUGCUACGACGGCAAUAAUUUUGUGGGCCAGAUUAUGGUUGAGCAUGUCUUGAGUGAUGGUCAGAGUUCAUCUGACUCUAGCUUUGAGACUGUAUCAUCGGAUUGUAGCCAGCUCUCUCUAAGUGAGCUCUCAAGAAUCGCUCUCGUAUCAAGCAAUCUCAAACGGAGAUACAAACGAAAAGCCCAUGAAAAACCCAUAGAGACUAAACGGUUCAAAAAGAUUCUCGAAUCCAGUAAGGAGAGUGUACAAAUCCCCUCGUAUGGAGGUAUGGAGGAGGCAUGCGGUAUGGGAGGCUGCGAAAUCAAAUCCAGACCAUGCUCGGUUAAAUCUGAGAAGGAGAUAGAACCGGAUGUUAUAAAUGGUCAGCGGCCCCCUUAUAUAAACAUACUUCCAGAGAACUCCACUUCUCCGUCGUAAUAUCAGAGUUCUGCUGUUCCAGGAGCUUGAAAAUUCGAUGCAAACAAGGUUCGACCU